CCGCCAAAAUACCUUCCACCUUCAUCUUCUUCUCCUGCAUGGUGGUUGCCCUAAUUUUCCCAUCGAUUUCUGUCCUUUCCACAAGAAAUCACUUCAUUUCAUCCCCUAAUUCUCCAUAGAACCAUCAGAAGCUCUGUAAAACCGUCUUGAUUUGUUCUUUUUAGGGUUUUUUCUUCUCGGAUAUGGGGCUAAAAAGUGCUGUUACCGUACAAUCGGUGAAGUUUUCAGAGCAUGUGUUCAGAACCAACAAGUUUGUUGAGGAGGAAUCGCCGCCGCCAUCACCGCCCGGUGAUCCUCCGACGACGUCGUUUAAGCGUAGGAUCGUUAGGAUCAGCGUAACUGAUCCAUAUGCGACGGAUUCAUCCGGUGAUGAUGACGAAAAAGUUGUUAAGAGAGUGAAGAAACAUGUAUCAGAAAUAAAAUUUAAUCCGCCUUCUUCUAGUUCCUUCAAACAGGAUCAACGCAAAAGAAGAGACGUUCGGAGCACGGGAUCCGUGGAGAAGAAGUUCAGAGGAGUUCGCCGGCGGCCGUGGGGACGGUGGGCGGCUGAGAUCCGUGAUCCGUUACAGAGGAAACGCGUUUGGCUUGGGACCUUCGAUACACCUGAAGAAGCAGCGACGGUUUACGACGAAGCUGCCGUUAAAUUGAAAGGUCCUGACGCCGUCACAAACUUCGGUAAAGUAUCUUCUCCGGAGUCACCGAUCGUUAAGGCCGAAACACCAACGGUGACGAUCACCGGCAGUAGUAGUGGUGGAGAAGGAUCGGCUAACGACGUCGUUUUCUCGCCGACUUCCGUUCUCCCAUCUAACAGCGAGUUAACGCCGACGGACUAUUUUAGUUACGGUGACGUGGAUGCUUUCGGAUUUGACAUCGACCUGCCGUUUGAUUUGCCGGAAUUUGUCGUAUCGGCGAACUUCCGCCGCGAGGAGUUCGGCGAGUUUGAUAUCGAUGAUUUCCUCGUUGACGUUCGAUAAAUUAUUUAAUUUAAAAAGAAAAUACAAAAGGCAUAUUCAAUAAAUUCGGCUGGUUAUGUAAGCGUGAAAUGGAAAGAAGGGUAAAACCGUAAUUUCGUGUAAGGUGUACGGCAUUCUGAAAAAGUAAAAACGAAUUUUCAUGUAACAUGAAUAUUUUCUGUAGUUAUAAAA